AUGUUCACACCUCCAACUCCCUCGUCUGAAAAUAAUACCGAAUCAUCAUCCGAUUCAAUUUCAACAACAAUUUCAACAAACAAUAGGUCUUCUCCCAUUCCAUUGAAUCGAUCUCCUUCGAGUAGUUAUCCAAGAAAUUCUCCUCCUGCCAACUCGGGUCUGUCACGUGUCAAUUCACUCAUUCAAGAAAAAUCUUCUCAAACAAGCAAUGAAAAUCAAUCCACCAACUCGAGUUCUGGAGGAAAACGUAAAAAAACUCUUCUCAAAGCCUCUCCUCUAAUUUCUCCAUUAUUAUUACCACAACAUUCACAACAUGUGUCAAAUGUCAAUUCAAAUCAUUUGGAAAAUUCUCUUUCUACACAUCAUCAUGGAGCUUCGGUUUUUGGAAAUUCACCCAUUCUUUCCUCAUCCGUUUCUUCUUCAUUACAAAAUUCUGAAAGUCAUGCUGAACAUAGCGUCAUGUCUGAAUUUUCCACAUGGGAAGAAGUAUAUCAUCAACAACAUGUCAUGAUGACAGGUGGCAAUGACACCAACUCCUCUUCUCCUGUGAUUACUUCUUCUUCUCCAUCCUUUCCAAAUGAAGAUUCCAAUUUCAAUAACGAUCAAGAUCAUCUUUCGAAACGAUCCAGUUUUGGAAAAUCUCGAAAGCUCACUACUUUUAUUUCGAAAAUAUUUGGAUUGAAUCUUUCCAACACGGAUGGAAAAUCAAGUGUCACAUCCUCACAUUCGAAUCGAUCGAAAACCAAUCGAUUAUUUAAUUCAGGAACUGAAUCCGAUGAAUUUUUUAGAGAUUCUGCCAUCGACGCUCUCGAUCAACAUUCGACCACACUUCAAAAAUCUUCACAAAAUUCCACAUCAAAUAAUAACUCGUCCUCGAACACUUCUCAACAACAACGAGCCAACAAUUAUCAACUCGAUUUAGAAUCUCGUCAAAAAUCCAAUUUCAAUCAAUGGUUUCAAGACAAGUCACAAACAUUCCAAGCUCAACAUUUAUUUGAAAAGGAAGGAAGUGUGUAUUUUUUUAAAAAGGAAAUCAAACCAAAAAAGACAUCCUCUUUGUCGUAUGCUUCUCCAUUGAAUUCUGGUCAGAAUUUGGUGGGAAAUAAUAGUUCAAGUAGUGGUUCAAAUAGUUCACAUUAUUCGAGUGGUGGUGGAGGUAGUAGUAGUGGAGAUUUAAAUUUUUCAACCAUCAUGGAAGAAUCUUUCAACCAAAUGACAUUUUUGUCGAACGAUUCAUGUCAUGCAAGAAUGAAGUGUAUCAUUCCCACAGAAAGAAGUUUUGAUACUGUCAUUUUGAAACAACAAAAACGUCAAGUUCGAUAUUACAAAAAUCAAUAUUAUUUGUUUGAAAUUCGAGUCGAACAAGGAGAUUACUUGUACGUGAUGGAACCUUUAAUUCUUGUGGGAUUGGUUAAAACAAAAGAAGAACGAGACGAUUGGACUGAUUUGUUUGAAAUUUAUUCCAUUUAUUCUUCUCUCAAUGUGUUCACAGAAGAUGAAUUUACAUUGGCCUCAACGUUGACACGAGAAGACAAGUUACGUGAGAGACUCAUUCAAGAAUAUGAAUUAUUUGAUGAAUAUCAGAAUGAGGUGCGUGAAGGAGUGAAACUUGGUCCAAACGUAUCAUCAAAUUUGACACAACCAGAGACUGAAUAUAAUCCUCGACUCUCGACCAUUGACAAUCCCUAUGAAGAGAGUAAGCAUUUCAAAAGGAGAUGGAAAAGUCGUACUCACAUCUGA